CUAACGCCCUCUUCUCAUGACAGACCACAUCCACUAUCUUGUAAACAUAAAAGCUUUGAUAAUUUAUUUGCAAUAUAGUUUAUUUAUCACGACGAAAAAAGUAAUAUUUGCUUGAUAUAAAGAAUUUUAACAAUGCUUGUAAGAUGCAAUAUUUAAGUAACAACAAGGAAUAAGAGAAAAGAAGACAAUAGAUUAAGCCAUGGCAGCCAUUCGACAUACUUUGCAAAGGGAAGUGUUUACUCCUAGUGAUGAAAAGCUACUCAGUGUAUGCUAUGUCAGCAAAGCUUAUAAGAAGAAGAAGAUGAGCUUUUUAUGUCUGGCUACAACGACAGAUACACCAGGAUUGCUUAUAUUAUAUCAAAUAAAAAAGAAUGACAAAAAUGUUUAUAAAAAGAAACAAUCAUGGCCUCUGAGUGAUAUACAAAUCGUAGAUGGUGUUAAAAACGAUUCUAUGGAUAUAGAACUACAUAUUGAUAAAGUCUACAAAUGGUCAUCCACCACGGUACAGGAAAGGCGAACGUUUAUCAGUAAUCUGUAUACUUAUUCAUGUAGUUUAGCUCAGAGGCCAGAAUUCAAAAAUAUUCCCAAAGAAUGGUUGAUUGAUCCAAUUGCAUUAAAAGAGAGUGACAGCAUCACAUUUACACCUGAUCUUUUGGCAUCACCUAUUACUUCAGACUACCAAUCUAUCACUGAAAAGGAGGCUGCUGAUUUAAAACAAAUGAUGGAGAAUUGUGAAUAUGCUGUUUCCAAUGCUGAGCUUUUUAUGGAAACUCUUUCAAAGGAUCUAUCUAUUCUUGAUGGAGAAAAUGUAUACUCCGUCUUAGCAUCAGAGCAGAGGGUAACACAGUUGAUGAACAGUAUAGAUGCUGCGAUAAUCGAAGCUUCUAUCGUAGAAGCUCGAUUAGCGACAUACGACGAAGCAUUAGGAAGAAUAAGAGAAGUAAUGGCUCGAGUUGGACAGAAGAAUCAAGCUAUACAUACAGCCAAUAAUAAUGCAAGACUUUUAUUAGAUCAGCUUAAUCUAGUCAUUUCACAAUUAGAUAUUUCUCCAACACAUCAACGUACUUUAAAUGAAGCUGAACUGCCGGGUGAAAGAGAAGAGCUUGGUCUUGCAGGUGCUGCGCUCUUAAAAGCAAUCACAGCACCUCUUCCGCCAGGUUUGGACAAGUUGAGUGCUGUUACUGAACAAAAAAGACGGUUGGACAAACUUAAAGCGAAAUUCUCAGUUAUUGUUGCUAGACAUUUAAAUAAUCUUUUUAUACACUUGGGUAAUGAUAUCGGUGAUGCGUCGACUUCCAUGACAGAUCUAAUUUUACCGACUCACCAAGGAGUUCAUAAUGAGCUUGUACCAUACACUGAAUUAAUGCAGUUACUUAGAGCAUUAGAUAAUAAAGCUUUUGUGCUGUUAACCAAAGUAUAUACUGAUACUAUGAGCAAAUUGUAUAAAAGGGAUCUAAAACGCUUUUUUGAGGAGGCCAAGAAUAAGCUUAUUAACAAACGUCUACAAGUAAAUACAUCAAGGUCUAGCGGUCAGAAAGGUGAAGAUUUGCUCAAUCCGGCGCCUAUUUGUUUGCUGAGUGGCGAAAUAUGGGCACCAGUGGACGAAGGUAAUCUUCUGGACUCGAUCCUCGAUUGUGUACUCUCGCAGAUGCAACCGGUGUGUCUCGCCGAGCAAGGAUUCUGCGUUUCGUUUCUUCAAUUGGACUCUGUUCUUUCGCCUUCUAAAAGCAGCGAAAUGGAGGAAAUAGAAAACACGAGUAACGGUGCAGCAAGUCCAGGGUCGGUGACUUCAACGGCGAGUAAAAAAUUGGAGCGUCAGGUAAACGAGGACGUGCGCGCGACUAUGGCUGCGAUAUUUCCGUCGUUGGAAACUGAAUUGAAUAAUUUUAUUGGUUUUCUAGACAAGAUCGACAGCUUCUGGUGUAUGUAUGUGCUAGUACGGUUGUCCCAACAUGUCAUGUCUGCUCAAGACACUGGCUCGUUUUUGUCGAUGACGUUUGCGUCCGCUUUGAUUCAUGUGAAACGAGCAUUCGAUAAGUUUAUGCAGGCACAGCUACAAUCCAUAUUACACGACACGAAAGUCAAUCGUCGACACAAAUGUGGUAUAUUGCCAUACAUAGAGAACUUUGGGCCGUUUGCGAGAACUGCGGAGAAGAUCUUCCGCAACUCCGACAGAAAAGUCGAUCUUGAAAAGUGGUAUACGAAACUAGUAAGCACCAUGUUCGAAGCUAUUGUCAAUCACAGUCGAGAACAUCACAAAACACCACAAGAAGUCAUAAAAAUGGAGAAUUUCCAUCAUCUUUAUGAUCUCCUUUCGCAAUUAAAAAUUUCUGUAUUGGAUCACGAGCGGAAGGAAGCUAAACAGAAAUACCAGGAUGCACUUCGUGCUUAUGUUACACAAUACUUUGGACGACCUCUUGAGAAACUUAAUCUUUUCUUCGAGGGUGUACAAGCCAAGGUAGGUGCUGGUGUGAAAGAAUCUGAAGUCAGUUAUCAAAUGGCCUUCAGUAAACAAGAAUUGCGGCGCGUAGUAAAGGAAUAUCCCGCAAGAGAAGUUAAAAAAGGCCUAGAGAAUUUAUAUCGGAAAGUUGAGAAGCAUCUAUGUGAAGAGGAAAAUUUGUUACAGGUUGUUUGGCGUGAAAUGCAAAACGAAUUCAUUGCACAAUACAGGAAUAUUGAAGAACUUAUACAACGUUGUUAUCCAGAUAGUAAUGUAACAUUAGAGUUUACCAUUCAAGAUAUUUUAGAAUUCUUCUCAGAAAUAGCGCGUUCUCAUUAAAUUAAUAGAAGAUAUUAAAAUAAAAAUGCUAUUUAAUUUAACUUAGCUAUUAAUAUAAUUAUUAUAACAAAAGCAAAUAUAAAAAAAAUUACAUAUAUAAGCAAAACAUAUACAUGUACAUGUUAAAAUGUUUAUUAAUUGAAUAACAAAAUAUAAUUUAAUAUUAAGAUAAUA